AUGGCUACUACGGUGUCCAUAACGAGUGAUUUGGAGCCUUAUCUGGCAUCCCUCCGAUCGUAUCUGGCUAAGAAUGAGCCCCCAGCUUCUCCAACAGAGGAUCCAGCCGAAGAUUCCGAGACGAAUACCAGCUCGAGCAAUUCCGACCAACAAACUCAGCGAGAGCAGCCAUGUCGGAAAGGAAGCAAGAAUAACGAUCGUGCUGGCCGCACCCGCCCGGUGAUGAAGAUGCGCUCGUGUCGAACACACUAG